CACAGUUUUGAAAUCUCCUCCUGUGUUGUGUCGUGUCGUAUUAUCGUUGUCUAAACAUCUCCCCACUCGGGUUAAACCGGUUAAAACCCCCUUUUUUUGUUUUGUUUUGUUUGUUUCUUCCUGGAGGGAUUAACUAUGGGUGUUCACGAUUUAUGGUCCAUCGUGGAGCCGGUUCGUGAGUCGGUGCCGCUGUACAGUUUGAGCGGACAGACGCUGGCAGUCGACCUGAGUUUAUGGGUGUGCGAGGCCCAGCAUGUGCAGGCGAUGAUGGGGAGGGUUACCAAACCCCACCUGAGGAAUUUGUUUUUCAGGGUGUCAUCCCUCACCCUCAUGGGGGUGAAGCUCGUCUUUGUGAUGGAGGGAGAAGCCCCUAAACUUAAAGCUGAAACCAUGAGCAAGAGGACAGAAACGAGAUAUGGGGGGUUCAAAAAGGCUUCUGCCCCUAAAUCUACAACAAACACCAGCAGAGGGCGCUUUAAAGCUGUGCUCAGAGAGUGUGCAGACAUGUUGGACUAUCUGGGUGUGCCUUGGGUGACAGCUGCUGGGGAGGCUGAGGCCAUGUGUGCCUACCUGGACUCACAGGGCCUGGUGGACGGCUGCAUCACCAACGAUGGAGACGCCUUCUUGUAUGGAGCCCGGACCGUCUACAGGAACUUCAAUGUGAACAGCAAAGACCCUCAGGUCGACUGUUACAAGACCGCCAAGGUACAAACAGAGUUACAUCUCUCCAGGGAGAAUCUUGUCGGUCUGGCCAUCCUCCUCGGUUGUGAUUAUAUUCCUAAGGGCAUACCAGGUGUUGGUAAAGAGCAAGCUCUGAAGCUCAUCCAGAUGCUGAAAGGACAAACACUUCUGCAGAGGUUCGUCCAGUGGAAGGAGGAGAAAGCGGGCGGGUCUGAGGGAGUUGUGAAGAAGGUCGCUCACUGCCACGUAUGUCGACAUCCCGGCUCAGCGAAGGCACACGAGCGCGGCGGCUGCGUGCUUUGUGACAGCAAACAUUUCUGCCAACCUCAGGACUUUGACUACCAGUGUCCCUGUGACUGGCACCGCUAUGAACAGACCCGCCAGGCCUUUUCUUUUGAGGCCAAUAUCAGGAAGAAAACACUGGCAAGCCAACAGUUCCCCUUUACAGAGAUCAUUGGUGAGUUUCUGAUUUCCAAGGAUAAACCUGUGUCACAUUUCAAGAGAAGACAACCAAAUAUGCUGCUGAUACAGAAAUUUGCCUAUGACAAGAUGGAGUGGCCGAAGCACUACACCAGUGAAAAGGUUUUAGUCUUGAUGACGUAUGCAGAGUUGAUGAACAGAAAAUAUGGAAGAGAAAUGUCCUCCCAAAUCAAGCCCCUCAGAAUAUUAAAACCGAGGGUGAGGAGUGCCGUCGCUUGCUUCGAAAUCAUCUGGAGCACCCCAGAACAUUAUGUGUUUCCUGAGGAUCGGCCUGCAGAGGACCAACACGAGGUGAGGACGGUGGAGGAAGAGGCUCUCUUCCGUGUGGCCUACCCAGAGGUGGUGGAGAGCUACCUGAGAGACAAAGCUCUGGCCGAAGAGAACAAGACCAAGAAGAGGAAGCCAAAGAGUAAAAAGGAGAAGCAGCCCGAUGUCUCGGACGGUAUUUCUGACCUCAUGGCUCAGAUGACCCUUCAGAGUUCCUCUAAUACUCAACCACAAGCUGCUAUAUUAAACAUAGAGCAGCCAGAAGUGGUGGUUUUGGACACUCCAGUGAACCAAAAACAGCAGCGGAAGUCUAAAGAAGACCACAGCAGUGUGGGCGAUUGCCCCAAUACUCCUCUGUCUAAUACCGCAUCAGAGGCUACAGAGGCAUCACCUUCUGUCUCUGCUGUUAUUGACGCUCUACACCUGAGUGAUAUCGACUGGGAAGCUUUGUCCUUCACAUCCUCUCCAAACCACAGCACUGAGCCCAAGCUCGGCAAAGCGACAGACGGUGAUGUCCGAGAAACAGAGGGCGAAAACACCAAACAGAAAACCUCAAGUGACGUGAAAGAAGCAGCGGACUCCAGAUCUGCUCCAGAGUUGUGCUACACAGAGUGUCCUCUAAGGGAGAGGGUGCUCAUGAGGAACACAGCUAAAGCCAUAGACCAUGGUGGUGAUGUGGUCUCAAAACAACUCGACUAUGAGUCGGCCUCUCUCAAACACAUUCAUUCUCAUAACUCGAAACCAAGUGGACAAAUCCCCAGUAAAGGUAGGGCUGACAGUCAGUUGUCAGGAAAUAAAUCUGCCGUUAACAAUACAGAACCUCUCACUGACAAAAGGCAGUGUGCAACAAAUAAGGCAGAAACAGGAACUCACAGCUCACACAGACCUACAGUACAGGCUCAAAAUAAGACAAGGGACAAAUGUAAAGGCUCCCGAAAGCCUCCUCAGAAAUAUACAUUUGUCAGAAAAGCAUCAUCGGCUGUCGUGCCACAGAGGUGCCAGUCUGACCCGGGUCAAAGCCACAGGGACAAAACCGUACCGCAGAACACCAAGAAGACUGUGUGCACGAGCGUGUGUUUAUCCAGUGAGGAAAGUGACGCAGAGAACCAGCAGCAUGGACCUCAAAGAAAAGCCCACAUCAAGCCCAAAAACAAGAGCAAGAGCAUCUUCCUCUCAGACUUCUCCCUGAAACCUAUAACAACCAAACCGGCGAUGAAAACAUCUCAGCUCGUACCUGUAUCGACCAAAAGCACACGCCAGGAAGUCCUUCAGACUCCAGCAUCACCCGUCGCUCUGUUAGACAGCGACGACUCGGUGAUUUGCGGCGAGAGUCCACUGCCGCUGGCAGAGAGACUGAGGCUCAAGUUCCUGAAGUGAGCUGAUUACAGGAUGAUGGAUGAGAACAUGUUAGAGACUUUAUGCUGAAUGUGAAGGUUUACUAUUAACCAUGGACAGUUGUAACUCAAGGUCCAUCUACUAGGUCUUUACAACAAAUAAUCAACAGAAAAUUAACCAGCAAACUGAUUUGAUCAUCUAAUAAUUGAAUAAAAGCCAUUUUUUUUAAGGAAAUAAAUCAAACUUUUGGUGGUUCAAGCUUCUCUAAUAUGAGAAUUUGCUGCUUUUUCUCGU